AUGAGUCUCUCUUCUAGUGAGAAGGCUGCCGUGGUUUCCUUGGUUGGCAAGGUUGCCCCUCAGGCCGGUGCUCUGGGUGCUGAGGCUUUGAGCAGGCUUUUCCUAAGCUUUCCCCAAACCAAAACUUAUUUCCCCCACUUUGACCUGUCCCCUGGCUCUGCUGACCUCAACACACAUGGUGCCAAGAUCAUUAAUGCUCUUGCAGGUGCAGCCAAAAGCCUAGAUGACCUUGCUGGCAACCUGUCCGCCCUCAGUGACCUGCACGCAUACAACCUAAGAGUGGAUCCAGGAAACUUUGCUCUGCUGUCUUACACUAUCCAGGUGGUCUUGGCUGUUCACUUCCCUAGUGACUUCACUGCUGAUGUUCAGGCUGCCUGGGACAAAUUCCUUGCUCUGGUUUCUGCCGUCCUCACCUCCAAGUACAGAUAA